AUGGAAUCUCCUAUCAUAACUCCUUCGCAGGUCGAAAGCUCGACCCUUAGUUCGGCUCGUACAGGUCGACGCCGCUCUGGGCGUCCAAAAGCUAAUUCGUACAGCGAUCUGAUGAAGCCAGGCGAGAGCUGGGGAGAACUAGCCGAUGCAUCAGAGCGCAGGAAAAUCCAGAAUCGCUUGGCACAACGAGCAUACAGACGAAACAUGCGAGAUCGCGCAAAAGAGGUCGAGCUACUGAAGACUGAAGUCAAGAUGCUCCAGCAAGCAGUUAGCACCACCACUACCAGCGGUAAUGCUAGCGAGUCAGGCGAAAGACUAGCCUCAGCGCCAUCGCAUGGCAGCUUAUCACCCGGCUCUAGGGACUCUAUAACGGAGUGGGAAUUGAAGAAUAGCACAUGCCUAGACAAGUGGUCCGAGACAGUUUCGCAAGACCAUGAUAUGCUAGGCGACUGCCUGACCUGGCCGACAGAUCUGGACCAAGACUUCGGUGACUGCUUUCAAAAGGUGAAGGAACCUACAGUAACCAGCAAUCCUAUAUCCAUUCCCACCUGCAAAGUGGGAAGCGAUUCAUCCACUUCCGAUCUUUCAGCAACCAUGUCCACCUAUACCUCAUCUGCCAGCGCCAUGAACACUAUGGGAUGGAUAGAAUCAGAAGUCUACGAAACUUUCAAAGGUCAUGGGUUAAAUGACGCCAUCAACUUCUCACACUCACCGUCGUCGCCGUCAAUGACGGCUACCAACAGUCCAGCAUUGAGUCCGAUAUCGAGCCCAAUACCAGGAUUGGAUGGCCAACGAAAGACAUUAUCUGGUGCUGCCAAGCCAGACCGAGACCUAGACGCUGACGAGCCCUUGAUUCACAUUGCGAUCGCGCGAGGCACAUUUAACACGCUGAGGCUGCUUCUCAAGACAUAUCCGAUAUCGGUCAAUAGGAGAGACAGGGCUGGCUAUACGCCGCUGCAACGAGCCGUCAUCAAUGGGAGAACGGACAUGGUGGCGUUGCUGAUUGAACACGGUGCGGACCCAGGCCCAUGA